GACUGCAGAACAGAACCUAUCUUGGGUCAUUUUCUCUCGGGACAAGAAAAAGUUGCCCAGCUUUUAAUUGCCCAAUUUCGAGAACAUUCUCUGAAAAAGUUUGGAACUUUUUUUUUUUGGGUUCCCUUUGGGGCUGAAUUUGCAAUUUCUCUGGGUUGUCUUGGUUUUGGGUUUCAUGGAAAAUUCACAGGAUUUAUGUAACGUAGAGGGUGACGGGGAUGCAAGGAAGGCCACGGCUAGCACAUCAUCAGCGUCGUCAGUUAGCUCAGGAGGGUCAGGGUUCCGAUUGUUUGGUCGACAAGCCUCAGUCCACCAGUGUAUGGGUGGAGGUAAAGCUGCUGAUAUUCUAUUGUGGAAGCGGCGGAAUGUUUCUUUUGGCAUCAUUGUUGUUGCUACAGCUGCUUGGAUCGUCCUUGAGCGGUCUGGAUUAUCGUUCUUAUCAAUGUGUUCGGACGUGUUACUGAUUUUAAUUGUACUGUUGUUUCUUCGUGCCAACUAUGCUGUUUUUAGAGAUAGACAAUUACAAACAUUACCGGAGCUAGUAUUGUCGGAGGAAAUGGUUAACAAUGCUGCAGCAUCAUUUCGUGUUAAAAUCAAUAAUGUGCUGCUUAUGGCUCACGAUAUCACUCUUGGCAAAGAUUUUAGACUUUUUUUCAAGGUGGUUGUGUGUCUGUGGCUCUUGUCUGUCAUUGGUAGCUUCUUCUCCUUCUUCACGCUUGCAUAUAUUGGAACCAUCAUAUCGAUAACAGUUCCUGCUUUCUACAGCAAAUAUGAAGAGCAUGUGGAUAGGUAUUGCGGAAUGAUCCAACAACAAUUUUCAAAGCACUAUAAAAUAGUGGAUGAAAGUGUUAUUGGCAGACUCCCCCGGAAUUUAUCAAAGGACAAGGAUUCAUAGCUCUGAUAUUCUAGUUUCAGUCAUGAGCGUGACAGUGUGCGAUGGACUGUUUUGGAGUUUCAGAUGCUGUUCUCAAGCAACCUGUAUCUUUGUUGUUUUCUGUUUGUUGUACCAUAAUGAAAUCCCUGGAUUUGUCUGUGCAUUAUUGGUGGACUUUUUAGAAGGGAAAUCCUCCUUUCUUUCUUUCACAGACAAAGGAGGAUUUGUCUGAAAUCCUCCUUUCUUUCAUUAGAAUUUAGAAGGGAAAAAAGAAAAUGUUUGUGUACAUGGUACAUAGACGUGUAGAUUUGGAAGGAUUUUCUUCUUGUUUCUUGUAAGUUGAUUUGGAAGUUUUGACUAGACGGCUUUUCUUCUCUUAUCGGUUCUUGAAGUGGCAUAGCGGCAGAGUAUGAGAGAGAGCUGGUGCAUUCAGCACUGUAAUGUAUAGAACUAAUUCCUUGACAAUGAUGAAGAUGGCCAAACGUGUAGUUUUAAAUAAA